AUGCGCACACUCAGCAUUAAGGCUCUGAGCCUGUUGAUCACAUCUGAUCAUAGCUUCGCAUUUGUACACUUGGAACCAGUGCACACCUUCCGAUCUCAACGAUGGCUCUACCAGAUUGCUAUCAAGCCAUCUUUUGCCGGCUACACUAUCUCCGACCUCACCCGGGUUGGUACCCUUGCUGGCUCCUUCGGUGUCUCAGCUGGUGUCUUCGCCGUGUUCUUCUUCGGAGAUAUUCCCCGUCUCAACCGCGAUGUCCUCCAGAAGAUUCCCGGACUCGACAAAUACUACAACAACCCUAUUGCCCCUGAGGACAACCCCUUCUAA